CAGUGAAGGCAGCAUCAGCCUUCUUAUUGUAUUCACUGAGCGAAAUGACUUGCCUGUUUUCUGUGGUAAUGUAAUUAGCUGUAGAAUAAACUUUAAUGCCACUGUGCGGUGCUGUAUUAAAAUGGUGCAAUUCUCCAGGUACCAAGAGUAAAAGCUGCGGAAGAGCAGAUUUGUAGCUGCUCUACGACACCAAGACAAACACCAAAUGCUACCUAGCUACACAGUUAGCAUCUUAGCAGCUGUUGAAGACACCACCGAGUCCUGCUCACGGAAUAUAUUCAGUUUGUGCUACCACAGAGAUUGACGAAAUGACCUCAGCUUCCACUAAAGUUGGGGAGAUCUUCUCUGCUGCCGGAGCCGCCUUCACCAAACUAGGAGAACUCACCAUGCAGCUUCACCCGGUAGCAGACUCCAUUCCUGCAGGCUCCCAUCUUCCCUCCAGCUGUCAGACAAAGAGCACAGUGAAGAGGAAACUGUAUGAAGACGGACCUCUUCCCGCCUCCUCUGAGGGCCCGAAGAAGGUCGUCAAAAAAGCCACCGCUGCUGUCGCCAGGGCAACACAGGGCACUCCAGGUGCCAUCUCCACAGCUCAGGUUGUGGCGUCAGGACUGCAGGGUCCCCCCUCCGGCCAACUUCCUCUGAAGAAACAGAAAACUGCAGAUGUGACCCUCAGCGCUCUGAACGACUCAGAUGUCAACAGUGAUCUCGUGGACAUUGAGGGACUUGAUGAAGGAUCCAACUCCAAAAAGCUCAACAACUUUGAUCAAGAUACCUUGAACCUGGACUCCAGCCUCAUCAUGAACCCUGGUGACCUUCCUCUGCUCUCUCGCUGACCUUUCACUACCUGCGGAUUUCAUAGAACUGAUGGACAAACUAUGAAAACGAGUUGCGAUAAACUGGAAAUAUCUUGUGAGCCAGAUGACGCUGGCCGCCCAUGUUACAGGAACUACACCACUGGAGAUUACGUUGGGUCAUGCAGAACUCCACUAACGCUUGUUGGCCCUGAUGAGUCUGAAUUAUUUUUUAUUGCAAGACAUUUUGGAGGACAUUUCGUCUCCUCCUCAUUGGCUUUUGCUUUGUAGGGGUAUCCAGAAAAUAAAAGUUUAAAGACAAACUUUAUGCAGAGACAAAGCUGUACUAAGAUUCAUACUUGGUGUAUAUCUUUUACGAGAAGCCAGGAAAACAAACACAUUUUAGCAGAGAAACUCAGUAGCAUCAACAAGAUAAAACACUGUUCUGCAAAGGAACUUGAAAGUGGUUUGACAGCAGAUAUCUGCCUCAACAACGUAAACAUUUUGUUCAAUUUUUGUUCAGUUAGACAGAUGUUAGCACAAGAAGUUUUAGCAGUUAUUAGAGUGUUGCGUACUGUAGGCAUUUUUGAGAAUGCAUGAUUGCUUCCUGUUUAUUUUCAAUAUGAAGUGUCGACAUCUCUUCCUUCUAGCAACAGUGUUACAAGAAAAAAAAAACAGAUUGUACACUUUCCCCUUCUUUCCAUUUAAGGUGAAACUAACAAUAUAAAGAGCCGUUGCUUGUUAUUUUUAAGGCCUGUGUCAUGAGGAAACAACAUAAUUGUCUCAUUUUCUUGAGAUAAAACAUGUCCAGAUAAAGUAGCAGUUGACAGAAAGGCAGUAAAUAAAAAAACAAUUUAAAAAGAUAACUAAUGAUUACUUACCAAGAGGAUGCUUCAGAAUGGUCUCGGCCUAACCCGAAAAUACGUGGCGUAACUCCAGUUUUGGGGCUUGACUCUGUACUUUGAAGCAUUAUAUCACUUUCCACAAAAACUUUCAUUUUGGAAGCAAUCAAAGAAAAAGAGGAAAGCUUUAAGCUGGUGUGCCGUUGCUCCAGGACAUUGUGUCCAUCCAAACAGCAAAGGUGGCAGAAGCAGCUAAAUGUGGCUUUGCACUGUUGACCCAUACACCUCACUAUCUAAACUCUGUAUAAUGUCAUAACUGUGAGUGAUGAUGAAAUCAUCCUUACUAGUGAGGAGUAUCUGGAGCACCAGGAUGGAGCCUUCUGUGAUAGCGUAGCGAAGCCUUAACAUCGGUGAACUGAGUGCACUGAACUUAAAGGAAACUAUGUUUAAAUAAAAUGCAAAAACCAUCUUUUGUUUUCUGGUGAGGCCGAGCACCCUCAUAACUCUAUUUAGAGCUCUCAAGCAGUUUCAGCAGUUGUCAAGAAGAUGAUUAGCAAAAUGGGAGACAUGAGAUAUGUGGGAAGCUACUAACUGAAUGUUUUUUUUGUUUUUAAUUUAAGGCUCAUUUUUUCAUUGUUAGUUUAGCAUAAUAAGGAAUUAGAGAGAAGAGCUUUGUCUAAAGUU